AUGACAACUUUAGUAGAAAAACACGAGAGUAAGAAGAAACAGCUGCAGUUAUCUCCCAUCUCUAAACACAUCGUGCAACGCAUCCAUCGUUCCAUCUACCACUCCCGAGAAUUGAUCAAUGAGAAAAAUCUUUUAUAUGAGAAUAAAGUAUAUAGCCUUGAUAUAGAAGCUAUAGCAGAAACCAUUAUGUACAAAAAGCAGUUUCCUCUGCAUGUACGAUUCGACAUAAAUUCAGCACCUGCUCAAAUACUCCGUCAAGCAUUGUCUCGGAUUCAUGGAUAUCAAUUGAUUUUAGCACAAGUUGAAGAAGAAAUCGCUGAAAAAUACAAGUCUGAAAACAAAGAACAUGAGAAAAAGUUACUCGAUCUAUGGAACGAAAUGAAGCCCAAUACUCCAUUAAAUUCGCGAAUCUCUAAACAGUGGGUAGAUAUAGGGUUCCAAGGUAGUGAUCCUGCCACUGAUUUUCGUGGAAUGGGUGUUCAUGGUCUCAAUGAUCUGCUCUAUUUUGUACAGCAUUAUCCUACAAUAGCACACUCUGUCUUACAACAUGCUUCCCAUCCUGUUUACUGGUAUCCUUAUGCUAUUGUGGGUAUCAAUAUAACUAAAUUCGCUUAUCAGCUAUUAGAAACCAAGAAACUACAGUUGCAUCUUUUCGAAUACGGAACAAGCCUAGCACAAUUUACAGAUUUUUAUUGUUAUUUGUUCUACACAUUUAAUCGGUUCUGGGUUAAUCACGAACCGAAACUGACAGUAAUGGAUUUUGAAAGGAAAUUUAAUGACUUUAAAUUACAAAUAGAAAAAGAUUUAUCAUGUGGUAAAAUUAAUAUGAAUAUUAUUUUACAGAGAAAAAAGAACGAAAAUGAUGGCGCACGAUUUUAG